AUGGAGCUAACAGGUAUAAUCUUAUGGAACUUUUGGAAUAAUAGAAAUGGCACUAUUUUUUAUGUUGCAUAUAAGGACUCCCUCAACAUUGUAUCUCUCUCCAUUUCAUAUCUUCAGCAAUUUCAUGAUGCUCACUUGUCAAUUCUAGACCCGUCUCCUGCCACAAGAAGGUCUCACUCUCAUCAACCUCAAUGGAUUAAGCCAUCUAACGGUUAUUGCAAAGCAAAUUUCAAUGGAGCUAUCUUUCCCAGCAAUGCGUCAUCCGACAUUGGAGUGGUGAUCAGGGAUGAUCAAGGGCUUUUUAUUGCAGGCUUUACACAAAAAAUCUCUAGGCUUAUGGAUCCAUCAGUAGUGGAAUCUCGUGCUGCUAAAUAUGCAAUGAAACUUCUUCACCGGUUGAAUAUACAAGAAGUUGUUCUUGAAGAAGACUCUCAAAGCGUCAUCAAACUAAUUGAAAACUUUGAACCAGAUGAUUCUCACUCUGGUAUUCUUAUUGAAUAUGUCAUUUUUUGCUUGCAUAAUUGCUUGGCUGGGGAGGUUUCUUGGGUUCCUAGAAAUAACAAUAAGGUUGCUCACCUUUUAGCCAAGCAUGCAUUAUCAAUUUCAGAUUAUUGUAUGCGGAUUGACUCUCUACCUUGUUUUGUUAUCUCUACUCUUGAAGCAGAUUUAGUUUGA